UUGAUUUGGUGGUUAAGAUGAGAACCGGUUAUUACGAUGUGGACACACAGAUUGUGCGGGACAUGUAUCGUGUGGUGACGCCUCCCAUAUCAGACUUCAAGAGUUUAGGCUAUUAUAUUGGCCGCGAAUGUGCGAAACUGCCCACAUAUCGAUUGGAAAGGAUGACAUCGCCUGUGUUUAAGCGAAGCAUUGAUCAGUCCUCUGAACAAAAUGUUGUGUUCUCUGAGUUCGCCGGCCUUGGGAUACAUGAGUUUCAGAUCGUGAACCUUCAGGACGCGAAGGGAAUCAAAUGAGUGCUUCACUCACUUGUGUUAUCUCUUUUUAUUGAUUGGAUUCAACGGUUAAUUGUUUUUCAGUGAUCACUCAACUAAUUGUAAAUUUUGUUCUCAUGUUUUUGAGUCAUUGAUCUUAACUAAUGUUAGCCAAAGCGUUAUUUUUAAUGACAUCCUAUAUAUAGUGAACCCUAUAUAACCAAAUGCUGUAAUUUAUAUUUAAAAAAGUACUUUAAUAUCACUUCUUGUAUUGUAAACACUUCUGAGAUUUAGUCACCGAUUGGUGUGAUAUAAUAAUUAUGACUUUAAUUUUACCCUAAUUUUCGGUUUUAGUUUCACUUCAAACUAUAUCAAAUAUAUAACAAAAAUUAGAGAUUUUUUUGGUACAUUUGAAUGAAUUUAGAUUCUAAUAUAAAAUCCAUAUUACAGUUAUGGAUAUUUGUUGCGAGAAUUGUUAGUCGUUUUAUCUUAGGUUUAGACACUUAAUGUAUCACUUUGUCUGGAUUGGAGCCAUAAUACCCUAAUAAUGUAAUAUUUAUUUUGAAAAUAUGAUAUACAUCUAUAACUUAUUGCUUAUUCUAUAAUUCUGUACAUUAAAUAAUAUAUACUUAAGUUUAUUUCUAAAAAUAAGUUACAAAUUCUUUAAUGAAAAUAAAUAAAUUGAAAGUUUUAUUUUAAA